GGGACAAGGAACUGAAGAUUUGCUCUUCACAACUGUAGAGACUUCGAACUUGUCUUUGCGUCUUGCUGCGGGCUCAAUGAAGUUCCAGAGUAAAUAAGUUUCCCUCAUCCCUUUACGCCAUUGAAUUACAAAUCCUGUAAAUUCGUCACAUGGUCAUAAUGCACCAGGUUGUUGCGAUCGCGCCAUAGAAAUUUCGGCAUCCAUCCCGGUAGCUCGCCAUGUACUCGAGAUAUAUCCCGCCAAAGAGCACCCCGUCUCAGGGGAAGGCGCCAGCGGCGUCUCCAGCACCUCCUGAACCUAUCCAGCCCAAGGCUGCUCUGCCAAUCCCGAUCUCUUACAGCAGAUACAUUCCUCCCCAAAAACCAAGUGCGCCCACGAAGCAGCACCUGCACUUCGACGAUGCGGAGGGCGAAGUUGAUCCGAUCGUAGCCGAUCGGCCACCCACGAAGAAGGCGAGACUUUCCGAGCACCUCGAUGAAGUCGAUACGCCGAGUGAUCUGUUGCAAGAUGGCCAACAACCCGAGGUCAAACCUGUGGAACCGGAAGCCAGGAUAGAGAAGACCGAGAAGAAGUCGAAGAAGGACAAGAAGGCAAAAUCGACCAUUAGCGGCGUCCCUGUAGAUGAAGAUAUGGCAGCAGCUGUCGGAACUGGCGAGGUCAAAAGAGACAAGAAGAAGAAGAAGAAACCAAUCAAAACCCCGGAGGAAGAAACACAAGCGGACGAUGACGAUGAGAUUCGGAGGCGUCAUAAGUCUGUAUUCGAGAAAAAGGCGAAGGCGCUGACAACCCCUGAAUCUGGGGAAACACUCGAUGUACAAGUCGGUGAGGACGGAGACUUGAUGAUGGUAGAUGUUGCACCGGAACAAGCGCACGGCCUUGAACCGUUACCACAACCAGCACCGGUCGUUUUAGACCCGAAGCCUACCUACGAGACGCUCCCAUCAUGGCUAGCAGAGCCGGUUAGGGUAUCGCCAAAAUCGAUUGCCCCUUUUACAGAUUUCCGUGGCCUCGCCCCAGAACUAGGUCUCACACCAGAGAUUGCAGCCGCAUUAGCUACAAAAGGCUACAAGCAAGCAUUCGCAGUUCAGACAGUUGUGAUCCCGCUGCUCCUGCCUCAACAUUGCAAGUCUAUGCAAGGUGAUGUUCUUGUCGCGGCUGCAACAGGAUCAGGAAAGACUCUUGCCUACGCCCUCCCGGUGGCACGGGAUAUCAGCCUUGGGAACCGCCAUGUUACGAAACUGCGAGCCUUAGUAGUACUGCCUACCAGGGAGUUGGUGAGACAGGCCCGGGACGUUUUUGAGCAAAUGGCAGGAAUCUUCGCUCACAAUGGGGAAAGAAGGCGGGCAAAGGUCGGCAUUGCUAUGGGAAGUCAGACUUUGCAAAAAGAGCAGACCGCCUUGGUCGAGAGAGAGGAACGCUUAGACCCAGAAGGCUAUGAGUCACGUUUGAAGAGGCUGAGUUUGGAUGAGCUGGAUGGCUACAACACCGAGGACGAGGAACGAGCCGAGAUUUCCAGACGUGAAGACGAGAUAUCCACAUUGCCGGAUCACACUAUUGACUACAAGUCAAAGGUGGAUAUACUUAUUUGUACUCCUGGAAGACUCGUCGAACACAUCAAGAAGACGCCUGGGUUCUGCUUGGAUUAUGUGCGUUGGUUGGUUGUUGAUGAAGCCGACAAGUUGCUUGGUCAGGACUUCCAGCAAUGGCUGGGCGUGGUGAUGCCAAAACUGCGUAGUAGCAAGCCGAAUGCUCGCAGCCAUAUGCAGACAAACUUGUCGGGAGUCCGGAAGGUCAUUCUGAGUGCCACCAUGACGCGCGAUCUAGACCUUCUUGCUGACCUGAAGCUCCGGCGACCGAAACUUGUCGUCCUCGAGGGAACGGAAGACGAUGGCGAGACGGGAGAAAGGCCUGCUGAGCACACGCUGCCACAACUGCUCCAAGAGACCGCGAUCAAAGCUGAUGCGAACCUCAAGCCCAUGUAUCUCCUUGACUUGCUGCAGAGCUCGCACGUCUUAGGUCUUGCUACGAAUACAUUAGCGAUGGAUUUGUCCGACGACACGUCGUCUUCUGGAUCAGAUUCCGAACUGGAAGAAAUUUCGAAGCCGCAACCGACUGCGAAGUCCAGCAUUCUGAUCUUUACGAAGUCAAAUGAGACGGCUCUAAGACUCUCGCGUCUCCUUUCUAUAAUGUCGCCCUCCAUCGGAUCCAUCUUAGGCACCCUCACAUCGACCGGCGCGUAUGCUGAACGGAAAAAGACACUUCGCUCCUUUUCAGCUGGCAAACUCCGCGUUCUAGUCGCGUCCGACCUCAUUGCUCGCGGUAUUGAUCUCCCCUCCCUGGACCACGUCAUCAACUACGAUAUGCCAGUCAGUAUCGAGUCUUACGUACAUCGUGUUGGCCGUACAGCACGUGCUGGCAAGAGUGGUCAGGCCUGGACACUGUUCACGGAUUCUGAGGCCUGGUGGUUCUGGAAGAAGGGUCCAGCUAGUGAACGCAUCGGGAGAGUCGGACAGGUCGAAAGACUCCGGGUUACUGAGGAGAAGGAGGCAGCCUUUGAGGUUAAAAGAGGUCGUUACGAAGAGGCGCUUGAGACUCUCGGUAAGGAAGCGGCUGAGCUGAAGAGGCAGCAACAUGUCCGGUGAUAUAGACUUGGAUAGCAUGGCCGGGGUUUUGAUCAACUAGGUGCAGUAAUGGAUAUACCCGCCCAAAUUUAUUGUCCGGGGGUGCUAAGGAGAAGCAAGGCUUACCACAUGUGCCUCGUUUUCUCGUGAGCCUUUCUGCGCGUGACUCUCUGCCAAUAGGUAUAAUUUCUGGUGGUCCGCUUUGUACCCCGCUUGGCAUACACGUGCCAGCUGAUGUUCCAACUGAGUUAGACGUUCGGUACAGCGAUAUUUACUCAAACACUCGUAGUUCAGAAGUUUGGUCCGGUAUGUAGAUAUGUUUAUUGAAUAAAAACGUCGAUGGCAACGACAGAAACCAGAACAGAU